UCCCUAACCAAACUUUUGACCUCCCAAAGCCAAAUGCCAUAAGUUGGGUCACGGAAUGGCUUCUCUCAAAUAUAAAUUCUCUCAAUUUUUCUCAAAUCCAUUCAGACUUAACAACUAAGCAUAAUUAUAUUUAAUUUCUUCCAUUUUUAUCAUUUAACUUAGGUGUAAACAUCUAAACGGACUUAAAAAAUAUAGAGGGAAUUUGACUUGAAGUGAUCCGCUACAUAGCAAUUGGAUAUUGCAUAAGUAAAAUUAUCAUCUGUCAUUGUUAUACAGGACAAGGGAAGAAUCUUCGAUCUUGUAACUUAUUUGCUACAGUUGUUAUGCCAAAUACUUUAUAUUAAUCGACAAUUCUACAUCAUAUAGUUCCAUACAAAUCUUCAAAGAAACAAAAAUGGAAGUGCAGUUUAUUUCUAAACAAAAUGUGAGACCAUCUUCUCCAACACCCCCACACCUCAGAAUCUUCAAGCUUUCCAUUUUAGAUCAGCUCAUCCCAUCUGCGUAUGCUCCGAUUGUCCUCUUCUAUUCCGUGAACACAAAUACUAAAGUUCUGGAAAGAUUGAGUCUGCUAAAAUCAUCUCUAUCGGAAACUCUAACGCGGUUUUACCCUCUCGCUGGAAAGAUAAUUAAUGAUCUUUCCAUAAACUGCAACGACGAAGGGGCCAAUUUUGUCGAAACGCGAGUUAGUUGUUGCCUUGAUGAAUUCCUUACCGAACCUGUCGACCUUCAUUUCAUAAAUAAGUUGCUUCCCUGUCAAUUUAUUACGGAAGGAUCAAUGGAGGGUACUUAUGUGACAAAUGUUCAAGCUAAUGUUUUUGAGUGUGGUGGAAUUGCGAUUGGUAUAUGCAUCUCUCAUAAGAUUCUGGAUGGUGCUGCACUGAGCACUUUUCUCAAGGGGUGGACUAGCACGGCUCAGGGCUGCCGUAAAGUAGUGUUUCCGAAAUUUACAGGCGCUGCUCUUUUUCCGGCGAAUGAUUUAUGGCUGAAAGAUUCGUCGAUGGCAAUGUGGGGCUCUAUGUUUAGAAAGGGUAAUUGCAUUACUCGGAGAUUUGUGUUUGAUGCCUCGGCAAUAAGCAAGCUGAAAGCACAAACAACUUCCUCAGGUGGUCUGUCCAUGCCCACCCGUGUGGAAGCAGUCUCAGCUCUCUUAUGGAAGUCUAUUAUAGCUGCCUCAGCAGAAUUACACGGACUUCCUAGAAAAUCUUUAUUAACCCACGUAGUGAAUCUUCGGACAAGAUUGGAACCAUCUUUGUCAGAAAAUUCAUUGGGAAAUUUCCUGUGGCUAGCAGAUGCUGAAUUCACAGGCGAGUCAACAUCAGAACCUGAAUUCAAUGAGUUGUUACGCAAGGUAAGAGAAGCAAUAUCAAGAAUUGAUCAUAAAUUUGUUGAACAAAUCAAAGGUGAUGAAGGGGUCAAUUGUUUGAUGGCCGAGUCCAUUAAGCAAAUUGGUGAGAAGUGUUCGAAAGAUGAAGUGGACUGUGUUGGAUUUUCAAGCUGGUGUAAGUUGGGUUACUAUGAUGCUGAUUUUGGGUGGGGAAAGCCUGUUUGGGUCAGUAGUAUUGGUUUGUCUGGUUCGAUUGUUCUGAAUCUUGUGAUUUUGGUUGACACAAGAUCAGGUGACGGUGUGGAAGCUUGGGUGAGCUUGGAUGAACAAGUUAUGGCUAUAUUGGCAAGCAACCCGGACCUCCUCAAAUUGGCAUCAAUGGACCCAAGUCCUCUAGUGAUUUACUAAAAGCAUGGAUAUUUCAUUUCAUUAACAUUUUUUACUUUAAAGAUACAUCAUAGAUUUAGCA